AUGCACGUCAAGACUGUCCUCGUGGCCCUCGUGGGCAUAACGGCCGUGGCGGAAGCCACCGAGCUCCCUCACCGCUCUCUCUUCGCCAACACCCUGAGUCGCCGUCAGAACAACCGCGGUGGUCGAAACGGUGGCCAGCAAGGAGGCGGCAGGAACGGCGGCAACCAGGGUGGGAACAACGGUGGAAACCAGGGCGGCAACAAUGGCGGCAACAACAACAAUGGUGGCGGCGGCGGCCGCGCCCUGACCGCCAACCUGGUCCAGUCUGCCUCCGCGGACGACGGCAACAACCCCGGCGCCGACGGCCAGGCUGCUUCUGCUACUGACAACAACAACUUCAUCAACUUCUGCCAGGGCCAGACCGUGACCAACGGCCAGCAGCUCAAGGCCGGCUCCUGCAACGGCAUCCCCAUGGGAAGGAUCCCCUCGAUCAACAACAUGGUCUCUAGCGUCUUUGUCAACCCCAAGAACGGAGACAACCUCGCCGCCAACAAGGACUUUCAGAUCCAGGUCCAGAUGCUCAACUUCAAGGGCGGCACCUUCACCAACGCUACCUCGACUUAUUACUCUGCUCCCCAGGACCUGGACGGCAACGGCCAGAUCAUUGGACACACGCACGUCACCGUCCAGGACACCGGCAGAACCCUCAACCCUGCGCGGCCCCUGGACCCCACCCAGUUUGCCUUCUUCAAGGGCAUCAACGACGACGGCAACGGCAACGGCCUGCUGUCCGCCGACGUCGCGGGUGGCCUGCCCGCCGGCAACUACCGCGUCUGCAGCAUGUCGUCAGCUGCCAACCACCAGCCCGUGCUGAUGCCUGUCGCCCAGCGCGGAGCCCAGGAUGACUGCGUCCGCUUCACCGUGGGAGGCAACGGUGGUAACAACAACAACGGUGGCAACAACAACCAGGGCGGCAACAACAACCAGGGUGGCAACAACAACCAGGGUGGCAACAACAACCAGGGUGGCAACAACAACCAGGGCGGCCGAGGCGGCAACAACAACCAGCAGCAGGGCCAGAAUGGACAACAAGGCCGCAACGGUCAACAGGGUCAGAACAACCAGCAGGGCCAGAAUGGCCAGAACGGUCAACAAGGCCAAAACGGCCAGCAGGGCCAGAAUGGUCAGCAAGGUCGCAACGGUCAACAAGGUCAGAACAACCAGCAGGGUCAGAACGGCCAGAACGGUCAACAAGGCCAAAACGGCCAGCAGGGCCAGAAUGGUCAGCAAGGUCAAAACGGCCAGCAGGGUCAGCAAGGUCAAAACGGCCAGCAGGGUCAGAAUGGUCAGCAAGGCCGCAACGGCCAACAAGGCCAGAAUGGUCAACAGGGCCAAAACGGCCAGCAGGGCGGUGGCCGCCAGGGAGGUCAGGCGGGAGGCACCAGUGGGUCCAAAGCCGGCGUACCGUCUCGUAAUGGAACGGAAGCUGAUAAUGGCAACCAGACGGGCGCCGGCAACAAAGGAAGUAGUGGCCGCACCGGAAAGCAAGGGGGCGCCGCGAACCGGGGCAAGGGAACGAACAACCGCGCCGGUUCUCGCACCCCGAGAGACCUCACCGACGCGCUCGUCGUUGGCGGCGAACCAGCACUCCUGACCAAGCGGGCCGAGGUCGUCCAGCGAGCCUGCGACCUCCAGCGCAGCGUCUGUGCUGACGCCGUCAGCUCCGGGGCCCUGGGCGGCACCAGCGAAGCUGACUGCGCGGACCAGUUUUCGACUUGUGUAUCGGAGCUCUCUGACCAGCAGCUCUAA